UGUCGCAACGCCAUAAGAUGCGGAGAGAAGGACAAGAGGAAUGCAGUGAUUUCUAGCGAAAAGUCGUUUAUCAAGACCGUAUAAAAGUCAUGAGGAGCAAAGUUAAGGACAAGUCAACUGUUGUGCAAUUAUUUGAGGAAAAUGUUUGCUCCGAAGGGGUUGAAAUCAGACAAGGGUCAAAACAUUGAUCGAGUAGGUUUAGCUCCAGACGGUUCAAGCUCAGAGUUUUCCGAAGAUGACACUCCGCUCGCCGUACGUUUGAAUUCGCAAGGAGGUGAUGCAGAAAAGCAGCGUCCACGGGCUGCAUUAUCCAAGAAAGUGGGGUUUGUCAUCCCACGGAAAAAGAAACAGGCAAAUGAACUUCUUCAAGUUUCCAAUUUCAAUGCGAGAGAGGGGAAGGAACUACUUCGACAUGUCAUACAGUCGUAUCGAGACACUGCGGUUGGAGCAACGUUCAAAUUCGAAAAGCUAGAGCUUGUUCACAACGAUCAGCUUUCUCGCGAGUUCCAGGACAAAAAACAACACAUGCGAACUGACGAAGGGCGAAAUGCCAGAGAACUUGAAGAUAAAUUUGCGUUCCUUUACACCGUUGACCGGGACGAGGCCAAGAAAAUUUGUGAGGUGGGACUUGAGGUUGGUUCGUCAUCAAUAUCAUGUUUGGGAGAUCCCUCAAUGGGAGUAUAUCUUUGCCGCCAUGCUGAUGUGAUAUCCAAGAAACCUCUACUUCCGGGUGUACCAGGAUAUUUGAUUGUUUUCAAAGUCAUCAAGGGUAAAGUGAAACCAGUCACAGAAAGGAGUGGAGCUGUAACAGAUCUACUUGAGCCGUCACCAAACUUUAACUGUCAUGUGUCACGCUCCAUCCAGAGUCUUCCAGCCAACAGUCCACUUAGCCUAGUGUUUGAGUAUUCACAGUAUUAUUUCUAUGAAUAUGCUGAAGAGGGCGAUGACCUUCACGUGAAAAGGCCCAGGCAGUGUCUCCCAUAUGCUCUCCUUACCUUUACCAUGGUAGAUUCAUUUGCUCCUCCUCAAGAGCCUUCUGUUUUGCAGGAGGAGCUGCCAGCUACUGACAACAAUGGAUUUUUAUCUCCAGUAUCAUCUAUGUCGAGACAUGAAACAAGAAUCCCAGAGAAGAGACGAGGAAGAAACAGCCAUGUCAUCUGGAUGGGUUUGGUAGCUAACAAGGACAGAAUCUUGGCUGAAGCUCAACUUGUUUGCCAUUCUGCACAGAAAAUCAAGCCUCCCUUUGAAAUUGGUGAAAAGAUUGUGAUGAAAGAAAAAAUAUCCUUCCAGCAGCUGAGAUCGUUAUUGACUUUCCCUCUGUUUCAUUCUGGUCCUCCAUCAGUUACAAAAGUUUGUCAAGCAUCCUUGGUAGGUGGUACUAGCUACUGGCACUGUGAUUUACUUCCAGUUGAGGAUGAUCAUGGAAAAAUUCAAAAACUUGUCAAGUUUUUCCAAGAAAAAAAAUGGGCUGGAAUUGUGAAAUGUCCUGAUGCAAACAGAGUGAUAUUUCUAAUUCCUACCUCUCAAAUCACAUUGGACCUGGGAAUCACUGCAGUAGAUUCACCUGCAACACUUCAUGUUCUCCUCUAUGUGAAGAACCAGAAAAGUAACAAAGGUAGUGAAAUCAAUAAGGCAGUAACAAGUGGUUCAGUAAGGGAGAAAGACUCGCGAGAUGUAAACAAAAUUCAAAAGGAACUGAAAAGACAGUUAAGUCAUCAGGUUGAAGUCAAGGAGAAGCCUACUGAACAUAGAAGACUUAGUCUGGAUUCUGCAAGGCCAGCAGUUGCGUCAGCUUCUAGUAGCAAGGAUCCUCGGGAUGUUCCUGAAUUUGCUUUGCAAUCAAACGAGCAAGCGGUGCAGUGGAAGAGUGCAGUUGAAAAUUGGCUCAGCAGGCCACAUCCUUUAGGAGGUACAGAAGCAGAUUUGCAAAAGGCAGUAGCUAGCAGUGGUAAUGUUUUGAAAAUGGCUCACUUGUCAUCUUCUGUAGCACAUGUUCCAAAGCCAAGAGUACCCAUGGCAGAAACACCACUUAACAUUCCUUUUCAAGCUGUGCAUGUAAGAUCUAGUGGUAGCACAGAGCAAUAUAGAGUGAUUUCUGGACAGCAAGAUGCAAGUGCAAAAUCCAGUGUUAGUGCCAAAGAGUACAGGGUGAUUUCUGGAAGGCAAGAUGGGGAUGCAAGAUUUAGUGUUAGCACAGAAGAACACAAAGUGAUUUCUGGGCAACAAGAUGGGCAUGCAAGACUUGCUGGAAAUGCAGAACAGCACAGAUUGUUUGUAGGAGAGCACAGUGAUAUAAUAGCAAGGCAGGUGAAAGAGGACAAUGUUAUCAAGAAAGAUGCCAAACCAUCUGUCACACCUGUAAUAAUACGAAAAGAAGAACACAGAGAAGAUCCGCGGUUAAAGAUAAGGCGUUCUCUUGAUGAGCAACUAAACACAGGGCUAAAAUCACCAAAUAUGCCACAGGUUAGUCAUGGUACUCCAUACAAUGCAGAAGAAGCUUUGCAAGCACAGGGUGUCAAACUGGAAUCUACCUCCAUUGCACCAGUAAUGACAUCAACAACACCAUCUACUCUACAAAUGAAAUAUCAAGUAGAUGAUAAAUCCAUAAGGGAGCUGUUAGACAAAAUAAAUGUACAAAAAACGGAAGAAUCAACCUAUAAAGUAGCACUUGACGAUGGCACAAGGAGAGCUCUGGAAGUGAUGAAGCAGCAAGGGGCAAAGAAGAGUAAAUCAGAGUUGCCAGAAACUGAAAUGAUUGUGAUGGAUGCAAACACUGAUGGUAAGUUGGACACUGAAGUAUGCACAAGAGAUGACAAGCCUGUCAAGAGAAGUAGCACAAAUGGUACUGCAGCAGAGGAUAAUGUGAAGAGAAUUAAAAUCAAUAAUGUCAAUCCAGUACGUGAUAACAUGUCAACUGUCAAAGGAGUAGCGCCAACACCGUUAUCCAGAGAAGAACUGGCAAAGCAUGGUGAAAAAGGUAAAGGAAUUAGGCAGCCUCACAGACAAAGAUCUGAAAAGAAACCACAAAAAAAUUCCAAUGUGAAGGAACCCAGAAACCCAAAUGAUUCUUCUACUGGCCAAGAACCAACAAAGCCAGUUGUGGAGACCACAGUGCCAGAAUUGUUAGAGGCUCCUUUUCCCAAAAUUUUGUCUCCUGAGAGUUUGAAAAGCCCACCAACUUCUGUUUUGAUGUCCAAAGCACCCAAGGUGAAGUUGAUUCUAAGGAGCAAAGACUCUAAAGAUGUUGAUGCACAGUCACGUGGUAACAGUAGGAACUCCUCUGAAGGUGCUCUGGCAAAGCAGACCAAUGCAGCAGAGGAUGAACAAAAAGGUGAUUUGGAGAGAGACAGAAAGUUGAUUGAUUCACCAGUGUCCAUGGAUAUAAGUCCCCAGUCUACCACACCAAGUUUGCCAGAAUCAGUUAGCCCUAUAACUGUAGUAUCCUCAAAAGGGCGAUACCAAAUGCCAGUACCACCUACUGCAACUCCGACAACCCUGGUGCAUUCUGCACAGUCAUAUUCAGCACCAGUGUCUUCAUCCUUUCCAUUUAGUCCACCUCUUCCUGAAGGUCCAUAUAGGAGCACAAUUUUACCACCGCCAAGACCUCCCCCUCUAGGCCAGCAACCAGUUCAUCCCAUGCCAUUUGUUCCUCCAUUGCCAACUGCAUCUUCAAGUGUUACCACUCCAUCUCUGCCUGGUGCCCCACCUUCAUUAAAAAGUCCUACAGUAUCCUCUGCACCAUCUGGUGGAUCUUUGUCUUGCAAUCCUUCCUUUCAAGAUGCCUCCUCUUUUGUGCCACAUUCUGCUGUUCCAGCAAGUUCUGUCUCUCCAGCCGCUUCUGUACCACCUACCAUAGGGGCCUUUGCUGGUGGUCCAUCAUAUCCACCCCCACCAUCUACACAUCCUGUGAGUGUCCAAAGAAAAAGCAGUAUAGAUGCAUUGCCCAGUCCUGCAUCCUCAUCUGCUGGACAAUUUCCUACAACAUUUCCUGGUCAACAGUGGACAGGUGCUCUUCCACACAGUCAGGGAUUUGUAUUUCCAACCAGUGCGGCUCAUCCUCCAGUACCACCAACUGAAGUGCUGCGGUGGCCCACAAGACCAGGCCUCCCACGGCCGGUUCUCCCCCCAACACCUGGGAGACCGCUUCAUGUUUUCCCACAACAGUUAGCAGGUCCUCCACAAACUACACCCUUUCAAAGGUCACCGGGUGAGAUUCCUGUUCGACAGCCACAAGGGGGAGGAUUUGUGCCAAUUAGAGUUCCAAGAUUUCAUACACCACCUGUGCCACCUAUAAGAACAGCACAAAUAACAUCAGUACGUCCCAUGUUUGGUGCAGUGCCUGUGCCACCUCAAUUCCGGCCACACCUUACUUAUCAACAUCCACCUCCUAUUGGAUACUGGCUCGCUCCUUUAAAGCCACCAGCUGGGCAUAGUGGAAAAACAGUGGGUCAUGUGGGUCGUAUGCCCUCUCACUCACCAGCCCAGAAACAUUCAAAGGAGUUACAACAAACAUCUCCAUCAUUGUCUAAGAAAAAUAAAGACCCCAGUGUUGAAAAAGCACAGAAUGAAAACCGAGAACAGAACAAGGAAAAUUCCAACGAUGCUGGCUCAGAAGGUCCUAAAAGCAAUGUGUCUGUUCAGAAGGGGGAUGACAAAGAAAAGUCAAAUGCUCAGUUAGAGAAGCAGAGAGAAGUUGCUGUAAGCAAGGUAGAAGUGACUGAUGUUGAUACUACAAAGGAGGACAAGGUGGUAACAGCCACCAGCAAUGACAAGAAAGCAACAGCCAGCACAGAUAAAGAGAGUAAAAGUGAAGCUGUUGAGGAAUCUGUUGUUGGUAGUGCAAAGCAGCUUAGUAGAGACACAGAUGAGGUAAAAGUCCAAGAUUCAGAGACACUGAGUUUUGAUCAGACUCUGCCCCAAGAGCCACUGAAACCAUCAAGUAAAUGUGAAUUAGCUUCUGAUUCAUCUGCCGAUAAAGAAAAUCAAAUUCCGGAAGGACAACCAGGAGAGUCCAACAGGGAUGAUUCGACAGAACAAAGAAGUAAAAGUUUGCAAGGAAGUGAUGUUGCUGAUAGUGUUUCAAGUAAAGUAUGCAUUGAAGUUGAGGAGCCUAGUGAAAUGGCUGCCAAUGAAUUUAAAGAUUCCAGUUCUCAAUUUACACCAGAGCUCUCCAGCAACUUUGGUGAGGAGCACAUUGAUGUUUCAGGCAGUGGCAACAUUGCAGAGGUUGUUGACAUCGACUGUCUGCCCACAAUGACUUAUCAAACUGAGGCAGAACGCAAGGGAUUCAAAGCCAGAAGUAAAAUUUAUGACAUUCUCAGACAAAAUGCCCAACAGACGAGAUCUGAAACAGAUUCAGCUGACCAGGAAGAGGUUGAGGACUUAGAUGACCCUGACAAUCCAGAUCCCUGCGCAAUGGAGGAGGAUCUCAAUGCUGAUGAUGAAGGUAUCGCAGAGGAGGAAAAAUUGUUAUUCAGUGGAGAGGAGAGCACUGCAGGUGAACAGGCAGUCCAUUUGGAUAGUGGAUUGCGUGUUGUCCAGCUUCUCGAGCUUGAUAGAAUCCAUGACAAGGACAAGGAAGGAGACUGUGAAGAGUCUGCAGCCUUGGGUUCAAAUGUAGAACAUGAAAAUGGACAACCUCAAGAGGAACUUCCAAGUCAACUGCCCUCUCAUGAGAAACAACAAGAAAUGUUACCUAGGGACAGUGAAUUUGAAGACAUCAGUGAUGUGUCAGAUGAAGGGACACCUGAAAGAGACCUUCCUGGGUUUGGCUCUGUGGAUAUAGAACAGUUGUGGUCAUCUAACGCAGUGGAUACUUCUGUACCAGAAUCAGAGGCAGCUCCCAUAGAUACUGUUCACAGCACUGUACCAGUAUUAGAGGCAGCUCCUGUGGGUACUCUUGACAGAAAUGUACCAGUAUCGGAGACUGCUCCCGUGGAUACUGCUGACAGUACAGUAUCUGAGGCUGCUCCAGAGCUACUUCCCAAGGAAGUGUCCAAACCAAAGGCUGAAGUUGUACAUAAUGAGGCAGAUAGCUCAAGCUCUACGACAAAGAAGCAUGACAUGCGCAAAAGGCACAUAACUGUUCAGUCGCAGAAGAGGAAAAGAUGGGACAGUACCAGUGAAGACACUGAUGCUAACAAAUAUUCCUCCUCAUCAAAAAGAAGUAAAAGGAAUACACAUAGGAGAAGCAGCCGCAGGAAAUCUCCUGAUCGACGCGAAACUGUGAGCAGUUCAAGGAAAGGUGAAAGGGCUAGACGGACAUCUGAGUCCAGUGUGGCAAAAUCUGACACCCCUUCACGCCGCAUUGUUAGUGGUGUUAAAGGUGGAUCCCUGCAGAUUACCAUUUUACGAGACACUAAAUCUCAAGAAAUGCAAGUGAAAGAAGAAGAAGCAAUCUUACGUGAAACACAAAAAAUUGAAGAAAGAAAUCCAUUAGCUGACGUGGAGUACAGUGACCUCGAAGACAUCAGUCCAGGGAGACUCAGUUCAGACGACGAAAGUCCAGCCACCCCACCCACCCCAGAGACGGCAAUUCCAGCCAUGGACUUCACUCAUCCAAGCCUGGGAUUCUGGGCUGCACCACUUAAAACAAACGAACCAACUGUGAGUGGCUCUGCUGUUGUUGAAGAGCACCAGGUGUCUGGUAAAGAAAUCUUGGCCCCACUAACUCAUUCAUCUCAUCUGGAAGAGUGUCCUGUUGAUAUUGAACCAAGUCAAGUGCGAUAUCCCCUGGGAGAAGUAAAAUUCUAUGAGGACGAACCAUUUAUUGGGCAGUCAUCUUGGCCAGCUGAAGGCUUCUUCUGCCAAACUACGACCUCUGAAGAACGUGACUUGGUGAGUCAAAGAGUGGAGAAAGACCCCUUUCUGCUAGAUGACAGUGUUGGUCACUAUCUCUCACGUUCCUCACAAGAGAGUGAGGAGGACAUUACAAGGUACACUCAAGAGUUUCCUCAGUCUGAAGUGUUCGAGUAUGGACAUGGGGUAAGAGAUCAUUUGCAAGCACAGGAAAAGCUAUAUAGGAGCAGUGGCCAUGCGCAGUCCAGAGGAAUUCAGAAGGAAGUCAAGCACCGCUCAACAAACCGAGAAACCAGAUAUCCUUGGAAGACUCGCGAAGAAAGCAAACAUAGUCAGGUGCCAUCAGCAGGCGGAGAAGGACUCACGUCAGCAAGUCAAAGCGCUACUGGAAAAAAUAUUGGCUGUGAUGAGGAAUCUUCCAAGCACGCUGCAAAAAGGAACAAAGUCGUUAAAGAAGCACAUAGCACCAGUGGCAAUGAACCGGUCGGAGAUGAUAUGAGGGAUUGGAAAAUCUAUGUUUUUGCGUGUAUGAAAAAACCUCAAUUUGAAAACUGGAUUCGAAGAAAGAACUUCGCGGCUAAAUUAGCUGGAAAGUGCAGUGUUGUUCUUACUCCAGAGCAGGUCAGGCGGUCUUCAGAGCGUUGGUACCGUCGAGUUAAGAAACAAUUGAGGCGAACAAGUCACAGCUCUAAGCCACAAACAGAGGACUUGGAAACAUCGGACUGUCUUGAGUUUGAUUUUGAUGACAUGGAUGUUGAGAGCAAUUGCGUUAAAGUUCCUUCCGGAAACAAGGAGCAGAGUUGUAGUUCUGUUUCAAAGGAGUUACAACAGUGUGAGAGUGUUAAUAAUGACAAUAUUGAGAGAUGUACUGUACAUAGCACGCGUAUGGAGCACCACGCAUCGCCUGGCACAGAGAGGAGUGAAGUUGUACAUAGGCUCGUAAAUUUUAAUUCAGUUGAUGAUUGCAAUUAUGGCACCAUUGAUAUUGAUAAGAAGGAUGACCUGAUGUGUGAUAAAGAGGUUUCAAUUAUUUUAAAACAAGAUGACAUGGAUGAUGUAUCUACCAGCAACGUUGUAAACGAUGAUGCAAACAGUUCUGUCCUUGGUAGUGUGACAAGUAAAUCGGCAGGAAAGAAUAUCCCUGUCAAAGCAGAGCAGCCAUGUGAUGAUCUUGUAGAAGAUCAAGUGACCCUGUGCGAGGGGGAUGACGUGAGAACAAGCCCAACAAGUGAAGCGAAGGUUGGUUGUAACAAGCAGCAGGAUGACGCGAAAGAGAGUCCUGUGGCAGAGGUGUUAGAGGAAAGCACAGGUCUCCACUCAGAUGGUGAAGGUAACGGAGGUAAAGUUAUAGAUGGAGAAAAUGAAGGCGUACUUGGUCCUGGUUUUGGAGAGGUCAUUGAUGGGCAAGGUGGAUCAUCUCAAGAACAAGGUGUCGCUGCUGAUUUUAAGUCAGUGAGGGAAGCAGAGGUGAUUCAAGUUACACAACACGACCAGGGUAUGGAGGGAACACCAAAGGAAGUAACGGACGCAUCGCUGUUGCAUACCAAGGACACUGUUGCUGAAGAUGCUAAGAUGGAUGUGACUGGAAGCUCGCAAGCAGGAGUUUUGAAAGAGACAGCUGAAGUCAAUGAUGACCAAGAGAGCUGUCAAGAUCCUGCAAGUGUUGCAAGACAAGGCAUCCAAGAUGUGGAAAAUGCCCUUGUCCACACAGAUAGUCGUGAUGCUAAAGAUACAAAGUAUUCUUUGGAAGACGACUCAGUUGGAGAAGGGAACAAAGUAGAAUCUCAAAUGGGUACUGACGACACAGAAGACAAACCUCCAUUUACUGCAACAGCAGAGCCUCAAACUAACAUUGAUGGAAACUUUGAUAAAGCCACUGUUGUGUUGGAACAAGACAAGACUGAUAGCGUUGAUUCGGGGGAGACAAAUACUACUAUGACUAACAGAUCUCUCAUGAUGUCAUCUGCGGUCAGGAGUUUUGCUGAACUCAGUGAACCACAGAGUGGCUCGUUAACUACUAUUGUGUCCACGCCAAAUCAGCCAAAGGUGGUAAACUUACCAGCUCUGCAGAGGCCUUCUUUAAAUGCGGUGACUACACCCAUUGUUCCUGUCACAUCUUGCUUUUCACCCUUUCAACCUUUUCAACAGAAUCUUGUGUGGCCAGUUGUAAGACACACUAGUCCCUUUACCACUGCAGGGAUUGUUCCAGUUCCAGUUCCAGUUCCAGUCUAUGCUCCUACACAUCCACCAGGUAAUUAUGGAUUUGACCCUUCUUGGGUAGACCACCCACUGCAUGCACCCAUCCCAGUUGGGUGUGUUCGCUCGCAUUCGACGUAUGAAGACAUUUGUCCUCCUGGCACUGAAAAAAUCUCUCUGGAACCAAGCAGUGACUCAGCAGAUCUUGUACCAGGGCCAGAGACGCAAGAAGAAGAAACAAGUAACACCAUGGAUGACAAGCAGCUGCCUGGAAGCGUUAUGGAUAAUUCAGUAGUAACUGCUCUAAUGCAGUUUUACUCUGAAAUUGAAGAGGUAGAAGAUAGUGAGAGAAAUGGUGUCAAAGGAGCUGAUGAUACUAUUGAAACAAAUUUUGUACGUAGUCUCCCAAAGCCUGUGGAAGAAUCAACGCAGACGAAAAGUAGCAAAAGCCAUGAGACAACAAGUGACAUGGAGGUUGAAUCUGACCGUGAAGACGGUGAUAAAGAUGUUUCUGAAGAUGUAGAAACGUCAGGAACUGGAGGCGUUGCUAACCCGGGUCGUAAGAGGGCUGAAAGUCUUAAUAGAGCAGGCAAAUUCGAAGGCAAAAACGGGGAGGCAGAGUUCACUGAAACAUCGACCAAGCAAAGCCAAUCAGCAGGUGGUAUGGUUUGUUCUAAAGUGAAUAUAACUCUGGUGGAGAAUCGAGUGAACAGAACAGAAGUAGAGAAUCCUAUGAUGAUGAAUCUGGAAACCACUAACAAUGAAACACAAGCAAAGAAUCCUAAAGUUGAAACUGAAAGAGCACAGGUUAUUAAUACUGGUUUUACUGGGGACAGAACUCGGAUGGAGUAUCCUAACGUUACUAUGAAUGAAUCGCUGGUAGACAAUCCAGACAACUCUAUGGAUAUAACACUUUCAGCGAAACUUGAUACUGAUGAAACAGUGGCAGAGAAUGGAACACUGGUGGAGAAUGCAAAUGCUGCUAUUGACAAAACAAAGGCGGAGAAGGCUAAUGAUCCUAUUGAAACAAUACUGGCUAAGGAACCUGAUGAUGCUACGAAUGAAACUCCGGUAGAUAGUCAGGAUAUUGCUGUGGAUGGAACACAGAUGGAAGAUCCUUACAUUGCCGCGGGUGGAACACAUGCAGAGGAACCUCCUAGUAAAUCAAUACUGGCUGAGGAACCUGAUGUUGUUAUGAAUGAAACUCUGGUGGAUAGUCUUGAUAUCGCUGUGGAUGGAACACAGAUUGAAGAACCUUGCAUUGUCUCGGAUGGAACACACGCAGAGGACCCUGAUGAUGCCAUCAUAGGAGGCUUGAAAGAGGAGCAUCGCGAAACACAUGCAGAGGAACCUGCUGAUGCCAUCAUGGAGGGCUUGGAGGAGGCCCAUCGUGGAACACAUGCAGAGGGACCUGAUGAGGCCAUUAUGGGAGGCUUGGAAGAGGAGCAUCGUGGAACACUUGCAGAGGAACCUGCUGAUGCCAUUAUGGAGGGCGUGGAGGAGGCGCAUCGUGGAACACAUGCAGAGGGACCUGAUGAGGCCAUUAUGGAGGACUUGGAAGAGGAGCAUUCAUUGAGCCCCAUUGAUCCACUCUUCAUGGCAAAUGCUGAGCAAACAAUCUUCAGCUCCAUAGGUGAUCUGACAAACUUGUUAGGACAAUCAUCAACGUUUGAUCGUAUUGCAGAGGAAGCCAUUGCUUCGACUGUGUCAUCCCUAGAGGAUGUCCUUCGUCAAGCACAUAGCAGCUACCUGUACCAUGAGUCCAGCAGCUGCCCAUCUGACAGUGGUGUGUCCGUGGGGGAGGAAGUUUCAGUUCCUUCAAGAUCAUUCAGCAAUAUUCCCAUGUCCACGAUUUCUCCACAGGAUGGUGAUGCAAGCAAAAUAGGUUCUGUGCCUGGGUGGAGUGUAUCGAGCUGCUUGAGUGCAGGUAUGCAACCCCGGGUGGUUACUGCAACAGAUGCUAGAGCAAAUGACAGGAAUGGGACAACUUCUUACAUCAAUACAGAGAAACUUCCCGCACAGAAGAAGAUUAAAAAACCAGCUGGCCACAGGAAGUUCUACUUCUAUGUGUAUUCACCUGAACAUGACAGAGAAUGUGAAGCAGUCAAGAACUACAUGUUAAAAGCAGGAGGAACAUUUGUUGACGUUAAGGACUCUGCGUGUUUGGAGGAGAAUUCCCGAGAGCUGAAAGUGUUCAUCAGACGAAAACACUUACCAGCUGUUCACAGGUAAACAAGCAAACAGACAGACAGACGAACAAAAAACCAAGCAAGCAAACAAACAAACAAAUAAACAAACAAACGAAGAUUAGUUGACUGGCUAGUAUUUCUUGAUCACUUUGUGAAGAAACUCCGUCUUAGGUUAGUUUCUCAACAUUGAGGCAGAUUGUAUAUUCCCCAGUACAUCUGCUUAACUUGAAAUUCAGAUCCUAGUUUGUGAACCAGAUACAAGUGAACGUAUUUGAAACCAAACACAAUCCAUUACCUUUUGGAGAGCAGGGAUGGCACAGUGGUGAGAGUGCUUGCCUCCCACCAAUGUGGCCUGGGUUCGAUUCCAG